AUGUCUGGCACACAGCAUCCAGGCUCGGGGAAGCCAAUUCCCAAAUUCCCAACUAAACAGAUGACAAUUCUUGCACUAUGCCGAAUCUGCGAGCCCAUCGCCUUCAUGUCGAUCUUUCCGUACAUCUAUUACAUGAUACGGGAUUUCGAAGUCACCAACCAGGAAUCCGAAAUCCCUGUGUAUGCUGGAAUGGUCACAUCCGCAUUCGCAUUUGCAGAAUUCUCGUCUGGAGUCGCAUGGGGAAAGCUGAGCGAUAGAAUUGGUAGAAAGCCAGUGCUUUUGACCGGGCUUGCCGGAACGGCGCUCAGCAUGUUGGUUUUCGGCUUUGCCCCCAAUCUUCCUGUGGCAUUGUUGGCUCGCGCUUUGGGGGGGCUUCUGAAUGGAAACAUUGGCGUUCUGCAAACCACGGUUGCCGAGAUGGUCACAGUGAAGGAGCACCAACCCCGCGCGUAUACUAUUAUGCCAUUCGUCUGGUGUCUUGGGUCAAUUGUAGGCCCUAUGCUAGGAGGCGCUCUGGCUAAGCCAGUCGACAGUUGGCCAACUGUUUUUGUGCCAGGGAGCAUCUGGGACCGUUUCCCAUACCUUCUACCAAACCUGUUUUGCACAAUCGUCGUGACUAUUGGAGUCGUAAUUGGAAUAUUGUUUCUCGAAGAGACACACGAGGAGAAAAAAUAUCGACACGACCCCGGGUUGGAAGCCGGCAAAUGGAUUAUCUCGAAGUUGACGUCAUGUGCAGAGACGAAGAGCUCGAGAGGCGAGAAAGUUACGGAUGUUGCUGAAGUACUCUCAUUAUUGAGUGAGGACGAACAACCGCCUGGGUACCAGACGACUGAAGGGUCACCAAAUCUUCCAUCCACCCCGUCUCCCGAGCCGGAGGAGUUGUUGGAUCUGAAUGAAUCUAUCUCUACGCCUAGGCCAAAACCUACUACAUCCAAAGCCUUUACCAGACAAGUGAUCUUGAACAUCGUGGGCUAUGGCAUCCUGGCUUACCAUACGAUUACUUUUGAUUCGAUGCUUCCAACCUUUCUCAGCACGCCAUCCCCAUCCGGUGACGAGAUUGUCCCAAUAGCUCUGCCGUUUAAAUUUGUUGGUGGCUAUGGACUGGAUACAAGACAAAUUGGCGUGGUCUUGUCAGUACAGGGGAUAUAUUCCAUGAUUGCCACUGUUUUCCUUUUCCCUAUCUUUGUGCGACGACUUGGAGCUCUCGGACUUUUCAGGUUAAUCGCCAUCUCAUACCCGGUACUCUAUAUCACGACUCCUUACCUAGUUUUGCUCCCAGAUAGCCUACGGAUGGUGGGGGUAUACGUGGUUGUCAUUUGGAAAUGCACCUGUUCAACAAUGGCUUACCCAAGCAAUGCGAUUCUCCUCACAAAUUCAGCGCCUUCUCUCCUUUUAUUAGGAACGAUCAAUGGCGUAGCUGCAUCCACUGCCAGCCUCUGCCGGGCCUUUGGACCCACUGUGUCUGGAUGGCUUUUCUCAGCGGGUCUGAGUCUAGGUUAUUCGGGUUUGGCAUGGUGGUGCAGCGCUCUCAUUACCGUUGCUGGUGCAGUUCUCAGCUUGAGCAUGACCGAUAAAGGAGGCCGAAUGGAUGUGGACGAAAAGAGCGAAGAGGAUGCGGAAAUGGGCUUUGAAGACCACAUUUUGGAUCACAAGGCCCUUGACUCGGCGCUCGCAGCAGCGGAACCCAGGCCAGCGGACCUGGAAGACGACGAGACGGACAGGGUCGUUGUCAACUGA